AUGGACCCCAAUUCAUCUACUCCGUUUUCUAGCCCAUCAAUUUUGUUGUGCUCCUCUGCUUCAUGGAGAAAGAGCUCACAUACAUCCAUUUAUAUUUCAAUUUCGCGCCGCCCAAAAUUUCCAUCACCAGUAGCAGUCGACCCCGAGCAUCAUGACAAAAACGAGUUAUAUAUGUAUGUAUUUCGUUUAAGCUGGGCUACGUGGGUGACACAUGCACCCACAGAAAAAAGGGCGGAGCCAAGAGUGAUGAAUUUCCAAAAGAAAGAGAUGCGGUAUGCUUUGAGUUCUCUCCCUUCUCUCCCAGAAUCUCAACCUGAAAUGUUACUGAUUUGUGACUGUUGUAUAAUGGUUUUAGUCAGAACUUUUCAAAAUGAAAAACUGUGUUAUCGCUGA